AUGUUCGACACGGCCGAUUCAUCAAGACACUAUCUCGUAAUUGAAACCCCAUCGGCUGAUUAUAAACAAGAGGAAAGGUAUAAUGAUGAUAAUGAUAUCAUCCAUAACAGUAAAAACUAUUACAUUCCAUCUUUAGAUGAUAUUUCCUCGAUAUCGACAUCAGCAUCUUCUCAUGGUACUACUUUUUUCAGCAACAACCACCUGAGCUUAAAUAGAUAUGGCACUCCAAGAUCACUCUCAAGAUUGAGAUCAAUUGAAUCAGAAAUCGACAAUUUGCCUUUAGUUUUUAAGACAAAUAUUUGGUCAAAUGAGUAUCUGGUUAACCACAACAAGACUGCUAAUUUGUUUGCUAAUUUUACUUUAGAAUCUGGGAAUUUUGCUUGCAAUUUAACUACUACAGCUUGCGAUAAAUCUCAGUUAUCAUGCAAUGAUUCUAGUUACGCUACUACCUCUCUGCAAGUUUCUCCAGUCAAUAAUAUUCCAGUAAUUGCAGCUGAUACCAAUUCUCGCUCCUUUGGAAGCACCACCCCAAGUAUAAACACUAAUGCUGUUGUUUCAGGCACUCCUUAUUCACCUCCUCCCAGUUGUCUCACUUUUAGAACGUACACUGGUGCUAUAUUCACUGUUCCAAAGACAUCUAAAUUCUUUGUAAUCAAAUCUUACAAUAUUCUUGACGUCAAUGCCUCCUUUAUUCAUAAUAUAUGGACAUCUACUGAGUUGGGUAACAGACGCUUAGAUAAGGCAUACACGGAAUUAGCAAAAACUAAUAACUCUGAUGUUGAUGGUAAGAUCUUUUUAUUUUUCCUGGUCAAUUCACUGGGGAAGUUUUGUGGGAUUGCUGAGAUGAAAAGUGCCAUUGAUUUCACUACUGCACUGAAUAUCUGGUGUGAGCAAACUAGAUGGAAGGGUAUAUUCCCAGUAGAAUGGUUAUUGAUCAAGGAUGUCCCCAAUAAAUUCUUCCAACAUUUAAAAAUUCCAGCUAACGAUUAUAAGCCAGUCACGAAUUCUAGAGAUACUCAAGAGAUCCCCUUUGACAUUGGUAUCAGCAUGCUUAAGAUUGUCAGUUCCUUCAAAUCCAAUGAAUGCUAA